AUCGUGGCAUGCGGUAUGGCGAUGAAGCAGUACGUAAAGGGUAAUAUCACCAAUACAGCAGCAACAUCAGUGAAAUAUUUCACAAAAAUGUUGGCGCAAACCUGUGAAACAGUGAUUUUCAUGUUCCUCGGCCUCUCAACAAUAUCCAGCAAGCAUCACUGGGAUCUGCCAUUCAUCGCUCUGACCCUCGUCUUUUGCCUCGUCUAUCGCACUAUCGGCGUGAUUGUCCAGUGCGCCAUACUGAACCGCUUCCGAAAGCAGAGUUUCUCCCGCGUUGAUCAAUUUGUUUUGUGUUAUGGCGGUUUGCGCGGCGCUAUCGCGUUCGGUCUGGUCGUCUCCAUGCCUAAUCAUAUCCAUGCGAAGAGUAUGUUCACCACUGCCUGCAUCGCUGUCAUCUACUUCACCGUAUUUCUUCAGGUAAGGACGCUUUUUGCUCUUCGACAAGACAUUAUUCAGGAGGUCUACUCGUCCCUAGGGGAUAUCCGGAUUACGGUUCGCCCUAUUCCACACGGCAGCUGA